UGAGAGCUUGCCUCUGACAACAUGCAUUCACCAGAGCAUGCCCUAGGUGUCUUCUUCCAGCUGAAAUGACAGCCUUUUUGUAAGUUGCUUAGACAUCUUCCUGUUCCCGAGAGCUCAACGAGCCUACCUUGGAUGACAUUUGAGGGGUUUUCAAGCCUCUCAGCAGGAACCGGUCAAGCAGCGAGCGUUUGUGAUGUCUUCGGAGCAGGAAAAGAUCAGGGAGCGCAUUAAAGCGCUCCUGAAGAAACCUGGGAAUGGAAACUGUGCCGACUGCGAAGUUGCAGACCCAGAAUGGGCAUCCUACACCUUGGGGGUGUUUGUGUGUCACAGUUGCUCAGGUCUCCAUAGAAACAUUGCUCAGAUAAGCAAGGUAAAGUCUCUAGUGCUGGAUCCCUGGAGCUACUCUGAGUUAGAGUUUAUAGAUUCUGUGGGGAAUAAUGCUGCAAAGGCCAAAUAUGAACAGAUAGUACCUGCCUUCUAUUAUCGGCCCACGUCUAAAGAUUGCAUGCUCCUUCGGGACCAGUGGAUCCGAGCAAAGUACGAGAGGAAGGAGUUUAUGUGCGUAGAGAGGCAGGAGCCCUACUCUGCAGGCUACAGGGAAGGAUGCUUAUGGAAAAGAGGAAGAGACAACGGCCAGUACCUCAGUCGAAAAUUUAUCCUGACGGAACGUGAAGGUGUGCUGAAAUACUUCAACAAGCACGAUGCCAGGGAGCCCAAAGCGAUCAUGAAGAUCAGCACAGUGAAUGCUACUUUUCAGCCAGCUAAAACUGGCAUUGCCCAUGGGCUACAGAUUACCUAUUUGAAGGAUAACAGCACCAGGAAUAUCUUUGUCUAUCAUGAGGACGGCAAGGAAAUGGUUGACUGGUUCAAUGCAAUCAGAGGUUCAAGAUAUCACUACCUGCAGGUGGCAUUUCCCGGUGCUCCAAACUCUGAGUUGUUGCCAAAGCUGACCAGGAACUACAUAAAGGAGGGUUACAUGGAGAAGACUGGGCCAAAGCAUACUGAAGGCUUCAAGAAGAGGUGGUUUACGAUGGAUGACAGGAGGCUCAUGUACUUCAAGGAUCCGCUGGAUGCCUACGCUCGAGGUGAGGUUUUCAUCGGCAGUAAAGAAAACAGCUACACUGUCCAUCCUGGCCUUCCUGCCAACGUUCAGGGGACCCACUGGCCAUUUGGAAUCACUAUAGUGACUCCAGACAGGAAGUUUCUUUUCGCCUGUGUGACCGCAGAGGAUCAGAAAAGCUGGAUGGCAGCAUUUCAGAUUGUCAUAAAUCGACCGAUGCUGCCACAGGAGUAUGCAGUGGAAGCUUAUUUUAAACACAAACCAUGAUUGUGUUUCUGCUGGAAGUGCAUCUCACAGUGGAGGCUUGCACAAAGCCUGGUGUUUGAUCCAAAGAUGAACAUUUGACAGCUACACUUCCACUACACUUCUUGACCCCAGCAACAACAGGAGCCAGACUAAUCUUCUCUGAAAAAGUCCAUCACUCCGCAACUCCCAGAUGCCACAACAUAUAUGCUCCUAAUAUAACAGGCGCAGUUGUUGUGUUACGUUACGUACAAACUUAAAACGGGACAAAACUGCUGGUGCUUUCAUGUGAGGAAACAUCAGUGUCUAAUUUUCUCAGUUACUUUGUAGAAUAAUCAAUACUGCAAUUACUGAUCUUUGCUGCAAAUAAAUUAUAUUUGGACCACUUAACAGGAAUAUAAAGACUGAAAGUAUAAUAUCGUACAAGACUAAUGAUAUAUAGUCUCACAUUUGGAUGCUAUUUAGAAUUAGAAUUACUGUACAUGUAUGAGUGCAAUUGUAUUUAAUAAUUUAUUUUUAAUUGUAGGCUAUAUGUAUUCAAUUCUUCUAAGAUUGUAUUACAAGCACUGAUUUGCCAUUUUAUUUUCAGUUUCUGCAUUAAGCAGCUUCAUGUUAAAUCCAAAUUUAACAUGCAAGUGGGUGACAUGUUAUUGCAUUUACGUCCAGCAGAGGGGGACAAAAUAACAUUUUUUUUUUAAAACAAAACUCAAGUCUUCCCUAAAAUCUCCAGUGACUCAUUCAUUUUGCCUAACUGGUGCCUUCAGGGCUCCAUCCGAAAUAAUUAGCAUGAACCCUGAAUAAUAAGGCAAGAUAAUGUUUUAUGAUAAUCUAUGGUUUCUAUUAAGAUGUAUUAACACACUUUUAAUAUCAGUAAUAAUAUUAUUAUGGUGCCAAAAACUAUCUGUAUGAACAUGUAGCACAGAAAGAUGUUCAGUAUAAGACUUCUGUGAUGAGAAGAAUACAAACAGAAAUGUUUGUUUUUUUUAAGAAAUACACCUUUUUGUGUUUUCCAAAGAAUAGAUUUUAUUUUAACAGCUACAAACAACAAGUUCAAAUGUUCUUAAGAAAACCAUGGCAUUGUAUAUCAUACUUCUAUUUAUUCAUAUUGUAGCACUGAAAAAUAAAAUAUGAAGUAGUCUACUCAGUUUGCAUAUACGACAAAUAUCACAAGAGAACAGACAUUCACAUAAACUUCUAAUUAGGGAUGACACUGAUCCUGAUUUUUGUAGUCUCCAACUCUGAUGUGAAAUAUUUAGGAUUAUAUUUUACAUAUGGAGUCUGAUUAUUUAUAAAGCGUAAAUUUUCUUUUCAUUUUUCUUUAUAGUAACAGCUGUUUUGGUUCAUCUUGACACUUUGCAGGACAUUAUCAGCAUGCACCCUCAACACAUUUAAAAAAAAACCUUCCAACAACAUGUGAUCUAAGAUGUGAUUCAAUGUAUUUCUAUUUCUUGUUAAAGACAACUUGUCCUAUCUGAUGAUCUUGUACUGAAGUUGUUUCUAAUCUAAAGUCAGCUCGGUUUUGAUUUGACUUGUUGAUAAUUUGGCUUAAAUGAUAUUUCACUUUGAACUCCAGAACUUGUAGAAAAUGCUAUAUGCACUUGGUGCUUUGCUUUUAAAGUCAUCAAUUAUAAUAAGAAGUGUUUCAGCUGAUUUCUUUACAAGUCUCUCUUCCUUACACUCAGAGCUGUUUGGGAGUUUCCAAGCAUGUCUGACAAAACCACAAGCAGUAGACCAACAGCAGGUAUUGGAAGUUUAGUUCCUUCAGGGACUUGGAUCAGCAGCACAUCCCUAUUUCUAAUACAACAUGUAACAUAACACCACAGUAAGUCCCUUUAAGGUACUAUUAAGCUUUAUUAUAAUUAUUUAAAUAUGGAAAAAAUAGGUAUGUACAACCAACAUUCUUGACAUAUUUUAACACCUAAUACAUAAUAGUAUUUAAACAUGAAUUGUUUUAUCCAUUCAUUUCCUAUCUCUGCUCUACUUCAUUGUCAUGGCACAGCAGGUGCCUUUCUCAAAUGGUCAGCAGGUGACUGAUGGGUUACACACUGGACAAGAUGUCAUCAAAUCACAGAGCCAAUGCUUAUGAAAAGUCAGACAAACAAUCGUUCACACACACACACUCACUUUCUGGGUGAUUUAAGUCAACCUGGCAUGCAUGAUUCGGGACUAUGAGAGGAAUACCGUAGUACCUGGAGAGGACCAACGCAUGCACAGGGAGAACAUAUAAACUCCACACAGAAAGAUGUCAGCUAAAAUUUGAGUCCAAGAUGCUAUUGCUGUGAGGCAGCAGGUCUAACCUCUAUCCACGGUGCUACCCCAAUUAGGCUUAAGAUAAAAAAAAAGUACAUUAGAUAAUGACAAAGA